AGUUACUGCCCUUACUACGAUAAUGUCAUCCGAUCAGCGGUACAAGAACGUCUCUGAGAACACAGUGUAUGUGGAAGGGCUGCCGUUCAGCUGGACAGAAGAGGACAUAUAUAACCACUUCAAGGAGUGCGGUCAGAUCCUCAGCGUCCGUGCGCCGAAAUGGGAAGACAGUGGACGAUUAAGAGGAUACGCUCAUGUCACUCUGGCCGACGAUAGUGCUCUCGCCGAGGCUCUCAAGCUUGACGGUUCUAAGGUGUGGGCAGGAGGCAGUGGACGACAACGAUGGCUUAAGGUCACUGAGGCCAAAUCUUGCGGCAGUGCUGGUUCAGUCAGCUGGUCACCAAAACAGGUUGAUGAUAAAGCUAAGAUCCUCUUUGUCAAGAACCUACCAUAUGACAUUUCGGAGGUAGACAUCUCCAAGCUCUUCAGCACUGCGGGUGACGUUGAGAACGUCCGAGUGGUCACCGCUGGACCGGACCGUCGGAAUAAGGGCUUCUGCUACGUUACAUUUGAAGUCCCUGGUGUGGUACGGCGAAUAUGUGCUCGGAAGGAGCCUUGGAAACUGAAGGGCAGGGUGCUGCAGCUUGACGCAGAUGACGGCAGUGGCUUACGGUCUGGGUUCCAUUAUAGAGCCGAGGCGUACGAGACGGGUCAUGGGAGGAAGGUAAAGCGUCAAUACACUGCCGAGGCCGAUGAGCCCGUCGAGGAUGUUCCGAAGAAAAAGGGUAAGAAGAAUAGGAAGACUGCUGCCAGGCCAGAAGCUGAGGGGAUCUCGAUAACCAAGCAGUCUUUGCUGGACGAUUGAUUACAGUCAUUCACCAUAUUGCUGACUUACCAGCUCAACGAUAGUCUC